AUGGGAAACGAAAAAUCAAGGAAGAAGAAACGAUCAUCAUCGGAAAGCAGUUCUAGCUCCAGUAGUUCCGAUUCAUCAAGAGAAAAAAAGAGAAUUCGCAAGUUAAAAAAAAAACUGCGUAAAGAACAGAAAAAGACUGAAAAAAUUAUAAAAAAGAAGUUAAAAAAGGAAAAGAAACGCUUGAAAAAAGAAUACUUGAAAAGGAGUCAGAGUAGAGACAAAAGUCCCGAGGUAUCUGCCGAUAUACCAGUUGAAUUGAUGGAGAUCUCAAAGGCCAUGGCACCGAUGACAAAAGAGGAAUGGGAGAAAAAACAGAGCAUUAUUAGAAGAGUAUUGGAUGAGGAAACAGGAAGAUACAGGUUAAUCAAAGGUGAUGGUGAAGUCCUUGAAGAGAUUGUGUCCAAAGAGAGACACAAGGAAAUCAACAGACAGGCUACACAAGCUGAUGGUGCAUUAUUUCAAGCUCAAACACUUCAUAAGUAGGGUAAUCAUGAAUAACUCACCAGUUUUGCGUGUAUCAUUCCUUAUUUUAAGUAUCUGAUACUUAGGAUUUUUUGCAGCGUUUAUUAGAAACUGCUUAGUUAUGAAAAUGAUUGGUACCAAAAACAUAAAUUUUUAAGUUGGUUCCUUUAGGGUAGCUGAUAGUUUUAUGGUUAUGCUUUAAUAAUAAAGUUGAGUGACUAAUGUUUCUCUAUUCCACUUUAAAACAUAGCAAGUACCUCCUUAAAUGAAGGCAACAUUGUUUUUGUUAUUUUUUAUGAAAUAAAAGCUAUUAUGAUUAUUA